AUGGACUCUGAAGCCCAUCCCUUCGGUCAGCAGCUGAAGAGCCGUGCCCGCUCGGGCAUGUAUGCCGCAGCGUCUCCAGAGACCCACAAUUCGCUCUCGCGCCGGACCACCUUCAACCGCCCCGAUCGGCUGCGAAGUGGCGAUACGAUUCGAAGAGCCAUGAUGCGUGGCCCCACCGUCCCUCCCCCACCCGCUCGUCGAGGUGCCACGACGAACCGCGUGGCUCUUCCUCCGCCCGGCAUGGCCCCUGUCGACAACGUUCCCCGGGUUCAUCCGUCCCAGCGAGCCUGGUCCAUCUUUGCCAACUUCAUCACUUGCUGCUGUCUCCCCAGCUUCCUUGCCCUCUGUGGCAAGAGAGAUCCUCUGGUCCAACAAGCCUGGCGUGAAAAGGUUGCUUUGGUCUUCAUCGUGAUGCUCGCCUCAGCCUUCAUUGGCUUUUUGACCUUUGGCCUCCAGUCGGCCAUGUGUCCUGAAAACGCCGAGGCCACCCCCAAGCCCUACUUUAUCUACUCGGCCUUCCAGAACAGCAUCAACGCCGGCCUUCCCGCCAACCUCACCCGCGACUACCUUGGCCCCGGUGUCAUCGUCUCCGGAUAUGUCUAUGACUAUCAGGACAUCUACAACGAUGUCGGAUACUAUAGCAGUGGCACUGUUCUCAUCACUGGUGACUGGGAUGACCAGGAUCUCACCAAGUACUUCACCAGUUUCAACUGGGUCAGCCAGUGCACCACCAGAUCGUAUUUCCAAAAGUAUUUCCCAUACGACCCAAACACCCUCUGCAAUGUCCCCAACCCUCGCAACCCGACCUCGCCUCCUCUCCCCGCCACCAAGACGGCACCUUGUGGCCAGAUGAACUGGCUGCAGUACACCCGCAAGACCCGCAUCACCUUCACCUGGCCCGAGAUCCAGGCCAGUCCUGAUCCGCGCACGUUUGACUUUGCGGCCUUCAACCGCACACGACUUCCGAAGCAGAACGUCAACAUGUUGCUUGGGUUCAACGGCGUUGUUGUCAACAUGACGAGCUACUUCAUGAACCCAGUCUUCCGUGGCAGUUCGCUUGGCUUCAUCGACGACUUGUUCGCCAACUAUGUCGGCAAGGACGCCACGCACGCAUUCUACUACAACACACACACUGAGCUGCUCCCUGCGCUGUACUGCAUCAUGAGCAACAACGUCGUCGGCUUCUCAGACACAUCUUCGGUCGGCUGCUUCUUCUCCCGCGGUAUCUUGAUUGUCGCCUCUGGUAUCGCGCUUGCGGUUGUCACUGUGCGUUUCACGAUGGCCGUUGUCUUCUACUGGGUUCUGUCGGGACGCCUGACUCGAUCGGCCCAGAACGCAUCAAGAAACAAACGCAGCAAGUAUCUCGACCACCCUGGUGACAAGUACACCAUCAUGAUGGUGACCUGUUACUCUGAAGGCGAGAGCUCUCUCCGGACGACUUGCGACUCGCUUGUCAACACAGCCUACGACGACCAGAAGAAGCUCCUCUUUGUCAUCUGUGACGGCAUCGUCACCGGCAAGGGCAAUGCCAAGCCCACCUCUCAAAUCGCGGUGGACCUGCUGCACCGUCCGCCCACCACCCCCAUCCCCAUGACCUACCUGGCCAUCGCCGGCGGCUCCAAGCAGCACAACAUGGCACAAGUGUACGCUGGAUACUACAAGACCGAGGAGCACCAGGUCCCCGCCAUUGUUAUUGUCAAGUGCGGCGAUGUCUCUGAGAAGGACCAGCCCAAGCCCGGUAACCGCGGCAAGCGUGACUCGCAGCUUCUCCUCAUGAACUUCCUCAGCCGAGUCAUGUUCGAUGAUCGCAUGACUCCCCUCGACUACGAAAUGUUCUACCAGAUCCGAUUCAUCACCGGCGGCAUCAGCGCCGACAAGUACGAACUCAUCCUUAUGGUUGAUGCCGACACCACUGUUGCUUCCAACUGCAUGACGCACAUGGUCAACGCCAUGAAGAACGACAUCCGAAUCAUGGGUCUCUGUGGCGAAACCAGAAUCACCAACAAGGCUGCCUCGUGGGUCUCGGCCAUCCAAGUCUUUGAGUACUACAUCUCGCACCAUCUCGGCAAAGCCUUCGAGUCUGUCUUUGGUGGUGUCACCUGUCUCCCUGGUUGCUUUAGCAUGUACCGCAUCAAGGUUCAAAAAGAAAACGGCAAAUGGAUCCCGAUCCUGGUCAACCCCGACAUUGUCGAGGAAUACUCCGAGAACGUCGUCGACACUCUGCACAAGAAGAACCUGCUGCUGCUUGGCGAAGAUCGAUUCCUGACGACGCUGAUGCUCCGCAACUUCCCGCGACGACGACUGAUGUUCAUUCCCCAAGCGAUCUGCAACACGGUCGUCCCGGACUCGUUCAGCGUGCUGCUGUCGCAGCGCCGUCGCUGGAUCAACUCGACGGUGCACAACCUGAUGGAACUUGUUCUUGUCCGAGACCUGUGCGGUAUCCUGUGCUUCAGUAUGCAGUUCAUUGUCGGCAUUGAUCUGUUUGGUACCGCUGUGCUCCCGGCUUCGUUCUGCUUCAUGAUCUAUCUCGUGGUCAAGGUCAUUCUGGGCAACAUUCAGGCCAACAAGACUCCCGGUCUCACCGUCGACUAUUCGCCGUUGAUUGUGCUGUUUGCCGUCAUCAUCCUCCCCGGCAUCCUAAUUCUGGUGACCACCCGCCAGAUUGUCUUUAUUGCCUGGAUGUUGGUCUAUCUCCUGGGUCUUCCCGUCUGGAUGGUCAUCCUCCCGCUGUAUUCGUUCUGGCACUUUGACGACUUCAGCUGGGGUGCCACGCGCAAGGUUCAGGGCGAAGCCAAGGACAGCCACGGCGAUGCCGAGGGCGAGUUUGACUCGUCUCAUUUGAUCCUGAAAAAGUGCAGCGAAUGGGAGGCCGAUCGCGAGGUCACUGCUCCGCGUCGCUCCAACUCCCUUAACCACAACAACCGCAACUCUGUUGGCGCGGUCUCGCCCUCGACCUCGCCCGUCCCUGGCCUUUACACCCCCAUUCCUCCUGAGAAAACCUCGGUGAACCGCGCGCCCCCUCUCACCCGAGGCCCGUCGGCCCUGAGCAACGAGAUUAAGCCCUAA